AUGGUCGUUACGGCGACGGAUCCAGUCAAGGAAGUGAGAAGUGAGGAUGCUCAGGGGGUGCCCGGCCUGCCACGUAAGGAAGUGCUGGAUGAUACUCCUAUGGUGCCUGGACUGCAGCAGCCGACCAGAGCAGCUCGGCGCGCCCGCGCGACCGCCAGGUCAUCCACCAGCACAAGGCCUACGGCCCCACAGGCUUCCGGUGAGCCCGUGCCUAUACCAAGACCGAUGACACUCUUGGAGAAGUUCCCUCCUUCCCCCCCCACUCCAAGCGAGAACCCAGCACGACACAUGAUGGCACGUCUGGCCGACGUCGGCAAGGCAAACAUGGCUUUCUAUCCUUGCGGUGGGGAGAGGGAGGAACUCGGGGAGGAUGAGCUCCACAAGUUCCUUACGAAAGGCCAGCCCAAGUCGUGCAUAAUGCAGUGCACUUCACGCACGGAGCGUUUCCAACUCGCAUUGUUGGAUCAACAAAACGGAAUGAACCCCUCUUUUAUCAAUGCAAAAGAGAAGUCCUUCCUUCAUGCCAUCAGCCAGGAUGAAAGGUGCAGAAUGUUCUCCCUGAAUGAUGAGGAAAGGGACAUCCUGGAUCAGGCAAACGAAAGUGAACAAGGGCUCGCUAUGCCAAGCGUGCCAGCCCCGUCAACAGAAAGGCAGAUGCUUUCCUACCCCUUGUCAGAGCCUGUGGAGCACCCGAUGGACGCUGUUGACAUCAUCAAGGACACUGUGAGCCGCUUCUUCCGUCUCACGCUGUCGGCAUGGGACUCGUAA